AUGUCCUUGAACAUGCCCACAUACCCUUGCAGAUACGAGGCCCCCUUUGGAGUGUAUCAUGAGAAGGUGCAGACGUCUAAGGUGUUUCUCCGUGAUCUGACAAUGGUCAAUGCGUUUGCAUUGCUGCUCUUUGGCGGAGGUGUGGUGGUGGAGCAUGCCACCAACAGAGUGGUUAUUGACGACUGGAUUGUGCUGGAUGUGCCGGCGCGUGUGGGAGUGUUGUUCAGUGAGUUGCGAAGACGCCUAGAUGCGAGUCUUAAGAACAAGCUCAGAGACCCUCGGGUGGAUAUAGCACGCUCCGAUGUGGUGCAGGCUAUGACUAUGGUGCUACAGGACACGGCAUAG